CCAAGUUCUACUUGCUGAGUUGCUUCUAAGCUCUAACCCUUAUUUUCUUUACCUUUCUUUCUAAUAAUAUUCUUCUUCUUUUUCCUUUUAUAUCUUCACUUCUAAAUUAUUUUCUUCUUUGGAUAACAUUUGCUGUUUAUAUUAAUUAUUCUUAUUACUAAUAAUGAUCACGUAGAACUAUUUUUGUAAUUUGAGAUAGAAAAGUAUAUAUAUUGUAAAUUUCUAUAGAAUCUGCUUUUAGGUAGUGAUAACCUUAUAAUUUUUAUUCUAGAAAGAACAUAACUCUAAAAAUGUAAAAAGAUCUUUGUCUUGUCACUAAUCUCUAUCUCUAUGGAAAGCAAACAAAAAAGGUGGUGGAGCCUAGGAGUAAGAAUGAGUGCGUGCAUAUAUAAAUACUGAAAGGGGCAGGGAGAAAACAAAACACAACAUAACUCAAAGGCAAAACAGAGGAACACUUAGGUUUCAUAAGACAGAGAGACAAAAAGAUUGGUGGGUCUGAAGGAGAAGGAGAUCUAAGACAUCACUUCUCUUUUUUUAGCUUUCACUUCAAGAAAAUAAAAUAAAAAGAAGGAUGAGUUUGUGGGGAGUGAUGGGAGGAGGAUGGGGACUGGUAGAAGAAGGUUGGAGAAAAGGACCUUGGACUGCUGAAGAAGACCGUCUAUUGAUCGAUUAUGUGCGGCUUCACGGUGAAGGUCGAUGGAACUCUGUGGCGAGGCUCGCAGGAUUGAAGAGAAAUGGCAAAAGCUGUAGGUUAAGAUGGGUUAAUUACUUAAGACCAGACCUCAAGAGAGGACAAAUCACUCCUCAUGAAGAAACCAUUAUCCUUGAGUUACAUGCUAAGUGGGGCAACAGGUGGUCAACAAUCGCUCGUAGUUUACCAGGAAGAACAGACAACGAGAUCAAGAACUACUGGAGAACCCAUUUCAAGAAGAAGACAAAAUCUCCAACUAACAAUGCGGAGAAGACGAAAAACAGAAUCUUGAAGAGGCAACAAUUUCAGCAGCAAAGACAGAUGGAGUUGCAGCAAGAACAACAAUUGCUUCAAUUCAACCAAAUCGACAUGAAUAAGAUCAUGUCUUUACUAGACGAUAACAACAACAAUAAUAAUGACUUCAGUAGCAGUAGUAGCGGCAGUAGUGGCGAAGGUGGUGCGUUCUAUGUUCCUAAUCAGAUCAAAAUUCCAACACCAAAUUCUAGUCAUGACCCAAAUGGUAAUGGGUUUUGCCCCGUGGUUCCGGUGCCAACAGUUGAGGCUAACGUGAAUGAAGAUUGCGCAAUUUGGAAUGGUAUAUGGAAUCUGGAUUUAGAAGGACAAGAAAGCUUUGGUGACGGUGCUUGUGUCCCAAGGAAGCACUGUUUCCAGAACUGGCCUAUUCCCUUUAACUUGACCUUUUAAGUGUCUUAUCUGCCGGAAAAUGACAUGACAUGACUGACAAGUGGUCGAGUUUGAGUUUGGUUUUGUUUUAUCUUUCCUGAUUUUGGGUUUAACAUAAGUAGUUUUGUUAUCCAUUGUGUGUGAUGUUAUAAGAAGCUCAUUUGGGCAACUUCCAAGUUAAAGAGUGAUGUAGUAGAAAGUCUGUGGAAGAAUGGCGUCAAUUGUAGCACAGCUUAACUCACUCGAGUAGAGCAAAUAAAAUAUUACUGGAAAAA